AUACAAUCUCAUCUCCAAUUGCCAUUGUCCUAUUACAUACAUGUAAAAGACUUUGUUGUUGAAAAAUCGAAGAGCCUCAGCUAACUGCGAAUCCCCAGUGUCCAGUCAUCGCACAACCCCCGGCGCACCUCGACCCUGAAACAGCAAAGAACGAAGAGAUUGGGAAAGAGAAAGCAAUCCAAAAAAAAAGAAAAAAAAAGAUGGACCCCAUCCGCCUAACAAUCCUCAUCUCCGGCUCCGGCACAAACCUCCAAGCCGUAAUCGACAGAACCGCCCCCUCCUCCCAACAAGCCCUUCCCGCGUCGAUCAUCCGUGUAAUCUCCAACCGCAAAGACGCAUUCGGGCUCGAACGCGCCCACCGCGCCUCCAUCCCAACACACUACCAUAACCUCGUGAAAUACAAAAGGCAACACCCUGCUACCCCGGCGGGCGUGCAGUGCGCGCGCGAAGCAUACGAUGCGGAGCUCGCGCGCCUCGUGCUAGCCGAUAAACCGGAUUUGGUUGCCUGCUUGGGAUUCAUGCAUGUUCUGUCCCCGAGGUUUUUGGCACCGUUGGAGGAAGGGAAGGUGAAAAUUAUUAAUUUGCAUCCUGCGUUGCCGGGGGAGUUUAAUGGUGCUAAUGCUAUUGAACGUGCACAUCAGGCGUGGCUUGAUGGUCAAAUCGACAAAACUGGCGUCAUGAUCCAUAAUGUGAUUUCGGAGGUUGAUAUGGGGAAGCCGAUUCUGGUCAGGGAGAUUCCCUUUGUCAAGGGGACGGAUGAGGAUCUGCAUGUCUUUGAGCAGAAGGUACAUGAGAUGGAGUGGGGGGUUGUGAUUGAAGGGAUACAGCUUGCUGUUGAUGAGAUUCAGGCGGCGCGGGCUUAAGUUCCUGUUUGGGAGGGGAGGAGGUUGGUAAGAAGAAUUUUAGGUACUUGACUGGGACUACUACUAAACUGGGCCAUGAGAUAUGGUUUGAUUUCUGUCAUCCUGGAGAAGGAGGAAAGAGAUGAUUGUUGAGUUAGGAGAUCAAAGUAGGUGUGAUCAUACAGUAAUAUAUCAUGGAUGGAGUUGAUCAGUAGUAUACUCUGUAGUAUAGGUAGUAUAGAAUAUCGUCACCAGUCUUUGUGCGUGCGACGUAUAUUAUAAGACUACGUAGUUAUUUUUCCGUUAAACGUGCCCAC